GAAAGUUGAUUAGUCAAAAUACUUCCAGAUCCACAGAUUGCCAUCUGAGAGGCCAUGAGAUGCUGGAGAAGAAAGAAGAAGAAGGAGAAGGAGAAGGAGAAGGAGAAGGGGAGAAAGUGUUUCCUGAAAAACGGAAGCACGUUUCUUGAGCAACUCAUCGCGGACUGUAACGGCAUAUCAAACCCUAUCCGUAUGUUCUCUUCCGAUCAAAUUUUCAAGGCCACAGAUCACUUCGAUCCCACGUGUUCUCUCCUUGUUGAUCCAUCAGGGUCCAUCUGGUACGAGGGCGCCAUCAAUGGCAGAUCUUACUCGAUCAAGAAAUUUACAGUUACAGGCCAAGUGGUCGGUGGAGAAGAAGAGAGAACUUCUUACAACGAUAUUGUGUUAUCUGCACGGGUAAGCAAUCACAUUGGUUUCUUCAAACUCAUUGGUUGUUGUCUCGAGUUUCCUCUUCCGGUGAUGGUAUUUGAAGACCUAGAAUAUAGAGCUUUAAAUGUUCGAGGAAGUCUUGGUUCGGAGGACGCACCUCUGUUGCCUUGGAGUGUACGUUUGAAGAUUGCAAAGGAAGUUGCGGUUGCUAUAACUUACCUUCACACUGCUUUCCCUAGAAUCAUUAUACACCGAGAUAUCAAGCCUAGGAAUGUUUUCUUGGGUAAAAACGGGACUGCUAAGCUCACUGAUUUCUCGCUUGCCGUUACACUCCCUGAGGGUAAGUCGUGGAGUGAAGAAGAUGGGGUGAUUGGAACUUACGGAUACGCAGAUCCUAUUUAUUGCUCGACGGGCAUACUGACUGAAUAUUCAGAUGUGUACAGUUUUGGAAUCCUUAUGUUGGUUCUUCUUAUGGGGAAACGACCAAAUAUUAUAAAUAAUAAUCGUUAUUCUACGUCCCUUCUUGAACAUGUGAAGGAUCUGAAGGAGAGAGGAGAACCUGUUGAGUUCGGGGGUGAUUCCAACAACAUGAGGCCUGGUCAGAUGAAUAUGUUUCUCGACCUGGCAUUAAGAUGCUGCGAGGAGAGGAAUGAAGACAGGCCAAAGAUGAUCUUUGUUGCAAAACAGAUUAAGCUUAUAGAACAAGCAUCAGUUCGUCUCUCUCUCACACAACGGCGAUGGAGUGCUGGAGAAGGAAGAAGGAGAAGGGCAAGGCGAGAGAAUGCUUCCUCGAAAACGGAAGCAUGUUUCUUGAGAAACUCAUCGCCGACUGUAACGGCAUAUCGAACCCUAUCCGAAUGUUCUCUUCCCAUCAAAUAUCCAAGGCCACCAAUCACUUCGAUCCCAAGUGUUAUCUUCCUGCGGUUCUAGCUGAAUAUUCAUAUUGGAGGUUCAGCUUUUACAAGGGCGUCAUGGAUGGCAGAUCUUACGCGAUCAAGAGAUUUCCAUUUGCAAUGUGUGAAGAAGAGCAUGCUUACAACGAUAUUGUCUUGUCUGCUCGGG